UCUGUCUUCGUCUUGACGUUAACGUACUAUGUGCUGCUCGUCGUAAAAUAAAAGUAAAGUUUCAAAAUAAUAUGUUAAUAAAAAUUAACUUAAGUUUAAAUAGUGUACAAAUGUAAAUAUGUUGUCAAGAAAUUUAAGUAAAGUCAUUAGGUAUUCGUUGUACGGUGGUGUUACCGUGGGAAGUGCUGUUGUAGCUUUAAAAUAUCAUGACGCUGAUUACAAUUCCUUUGCUAUAGUGAGGCUCUCGAGAACUGCUUACACAGCUGUUGAUAUCGGUAGGACAUACCAAUCCAUGUUAUAUAGCAAAGAGUGGGAUAAAAGUUCUGAUGAAUACUUGGAGGUUAAAAGCCAGGCUCAUCAAAUUGGGGCAGAGAAACUGCUUAAAUUAUGUAAAGCUAACAAAGGGGUUUACAUAAAGGUUGGUCAACAUGUCGGUGCUCUUGACUAUUUACUGCCCAGUGAAUAUGUAACGACUAUGCGAAUUUUACAUAAAGAUGCGCCCAGAAACACAGUUGAAGAAUUAUAUGAAGUUAUAAAAGAAGAUCUGAAGAAAGAUCCUAAGGAAUUGUUUGAAGAGUUUGAUCUUGAACCUCUUGGAACGGCAUCCCUUGCUCAAGUUCAUAGAGCCAAAUUAAAAGAUGGACCAGAAGUUGCUGUCAAAGUACAACAUCAUUUCGUUAGAAAAAAUACAAAAAUUGACUUGAAAUGGAUGGAAUUUAUCAUUACAACAAUGUCAAAGGUAUUCCCAGACUUCCAAAUGCAAUGGCUUAUUGAAGAGACAAAGAAAAAUAUUGCAAAGGAAUUGGACUUCUUGCAAGAGGGUAGAAACGCUGAAAGGGUUGCCGAAUUAUUUAAAAAUUAUUCAUGGUUAAAGGUUCCUAAAAUAUUUUGGGAUUUUAGUACUGAGAGAGUUUUGGUGAUGGAAUAUGUUACUGGUGGUCAGGUCAAUGAUGUGAAGUAUAUAGAUGAACACAAAAUAAGCAGACCUGACUUGUGUCAAAAGUUAGGUGAUCUGUAUUCACAUAUGAUAUUUGUAACUGGUUUUGUGCACAGCGACCCCCACCCUGGUAAUAUACUCGUGAAAAAGGACCCCAAGGACAAAGAUGUUACAGUAUUCUUAUUGGACCAUGGGUUAUAUGCACAACUUACAGACAAAUUCCGAUACCACUAUUCCAAAUUAUGGCUCUCGAUAAUUGCAAGGGACAAAGAUCAAAUCAGAGAGCAUGCUGAGCAAUUAGGAAUACAGAAAGAAUUGUAUGGACUUUUCGCUUGCAUGGUGACGGGGAGACCAUGGGAUGUCAUAAUGAAAGGCAUAGACAAAACUAAACCAUCAUCUGCAGAGAAAACGACUUUCCAAAACGAGAUACCGAAUUUCCUGCAUCACGUGACGCAAUGCUUGGAACACGUCGACCGGCAAGCGUUGCUGGUGCUGAAGACGAACGACCUCAUCCGCAGUAUAGAGUACGCGCUGGGGAUGCAGGAGCGCAUGUGUGGGUUUAUGGUCAUGACUAAAUGUUGCACAAAGAGCAUUUACCAACACGAGCUUAACAAAGCGGGGUCGCUGGCGAGAAAGCAGCUGCUCAACACGAAAUACGUAUGGUCACUGUUCGUUCUUUACAUUUAUGGAAUUUAUUUAUCACUGAGAACUAGAUUUAAUCUAUAUAGCUAGAAUUUCAUCAAACAAUAUAUAAAUUUGUAUUAUAAUAGUCGCGUCUGAUGGUAACCAAAAAUAUUUAUUGAGCGUAUGAUGCUUUAAGAGUUUUAAGGGAUAUUUUUAUAUGGGUUGCCAGUAAGAAAAUCACAAAAUAAACAAUAUAUAAGUGUGUAUUAUAUUGAAAAAAAAAAUGUGUAAGUAAUAUAUAUGUAUAAAAUGUAUAUUUUUAAUUUACAUAAUAAAUUAUGAUAAGAUCAUGUUAUUUUUAUAAAUUACAAAGGAGAAGAAAUUUGAAAUUGUUUUUUUUUUGUUUUGCACAAAGAUUUUAGCUUUGUUAUUCCUUACAUAGUCAAUACUCUGUCAUGCAUGAUACUAAGAUGUCGCGUUUGCCUGUAAUAAAACUGGCUCACUUUUUUUAAGCCGAAUCACCACAUUACAGUUGUUGGUGGUAGAAUAAAUUAUAUGAUACCCAGAAUAAUAUAUUUAUUAUUAUUAUUUAUACUUUUGCAACCCUAUUUAUUUAAAUAACGAUACAAAGUAAUGUCCUAGUCAGCUGUAUUGAAUCUUACCUCAAAUAUUUCAUACCAAUAGUGCAAUUGUUUAUUUGUAUAUUAUCACGUUACCCUCGAUGGUGCUAGCUCAAUUUUUUAUCGCGUAUAUGAUGUUAUUGUCGCAGCCAACUGGUUGAUAUAGUCGUUUCGUUGAACGCCAUUCAACCAUACGACUAAUAAAGAUCAGUCGAGUGGCUUAACACAAUUUUAUAGCUUAUUUGCUUGCUUAAGUGAUAACUUAUUUGGGUUCAAGCACACAUUCUACCAACCCGUAUUGGAGCAGCGUGGUGGAAUAAGCUCCAAACCUUCUCCUCAAAAGGGAGAGGAGGCCUUAGCCCAGCAGUGGGACAUUCACAGGCUGUUACUGUUACACAUUAACAAAUGUCAGGUGUCAAGAGUGCAUGAAUGGAGUGAAAACAGCGCCAUCUAGUGUCAAUAAAAUUCUAUACAAAUCGCUACAAUAUCUACGCUACCGAAUAAUUAAAAAAAAACUAGCACAAGCUACGCUGUUAUUUAUAUAUACGACUAUCUCAAUCGGCAGUGCUUUUCUGUAAAAUUCACUUCAUUACUCACUCGUGAAAUGUUGACAACCGACUUAUGGUGAUAUACUAUUUUUAUGCGUGAGCUCUUGAAAUAUUAUAAUUACGGUCAAUGUCGCAAAUCACUUACAUUUAACGACUGUUUUCUGUGUUUCUGAGGUGAGUUCCGAGUUUGUAUUUACAGAAUAGCCAUAUAGUUGGCUGCGACAAAUAUUUAGACCAAUUUAGAUUAUAAGAAUUAAUUCGUACAUAUGUUUUAUUUACUUUGUAAGCUUUUCAGUUAAUAUUGUAUAUUCGUAAUAAAAUGUUAUUUUUGG